AUGUACUGCCAGAAGUGCCGCACGCCCAUCAAGCUCGACGGCUCGCUGGAGGACCUCAACCCCGCCGCCUUCAAGCUCCUCACAGACUCCACAACCCCCUCCUCACAGCAGCGACCGCUCUCGCUACACCAGUCCCGCCCCGCCUACUCGCAAGACCGCCGCGAUGCCUACGACCGCGUCUCCAGCCGGGCGACGCAGCCCACCUUCCGCCGCAGCAUCCCCUCGAGCCGCCACGGUCGCGAGUCGCGCCACCACCCGUCCAUGUCCUUUGUCAUGCUCACCGAGUCCCAAGUGGUGCCGCAAGCGCCGCACAUCGUGCCCGACGGCGGCCGGCCGAGCAGCAGCGCGGGCGCCGAUGGCAAUCAGGACAUGUCGGACAAGAUGGAGACGGUGCAGCGCCUGUUCGAAGUGCUGUCGGCGCGCUCCGACAUCGACCAGCCCAUCUGCGUCGAGUGCACCGACAUGCUGGUGGAAGGGCUGCAGAAGCGACUCGGGGCCGCCACCAAGGAGCGCGAUGCCUACGUCGAGUACCUGCGGCAGGCCAACGCGGACAUACCCAGCGAGGAGGAGGUGACGCUGGCGCGGCGACAGCUGGAAGACGCGCGGGCGGGCGAGGAGGCGGCGAUGAAGGAGCUGGAGCGGCUGGAGCGCGAGAAGGCGGCCAUGGAUGACGAGCUGCAGGCGCUGGACGCCGAGGCGCGCGGGCUGGACAAGGAGGAGGAAGCGUUCUGGAAGGAGCGCAAUGCGUUCGCGGUGACGCUGGCGUCGUUCCAGAGCGAGCGCGACCGCGUCAACAACCGCUACGACCACGACAUCAAGCAGGCGCAGCGGCUGCAGCGCACCAACGUCUACAACGACACCUUCACCAUCGGGCACGACGGCAACUUCGCGACCAUCAACGGCUUGCGGCUAGGCCGGACGUCGGCGGUCAUGGUGGGGUGGGAGGAGAUCAACGCGGCAUGGGGUCAGACGUGUCUGCUGCUGGCAACGGUGGCGGAGAAGGUGGGCUACACGUUCAAGGGCUACCGUCUGUGCCCCAUGGGCUCGAAUUCAACCAUCGAGAAGCUCGACUUCCCGCCAGCGGCGUCUACCGACGACGCGGCGCGUCCGGCGAAGCCCAAGGUCACGGUGUUGGAGCUGUACUGCAGCGGCGACCUCCCGCUCGGGUUGAAUUUCCUGCACAGGAGGUUCGACAACGCCAUGGUGGCUUUUCUGGAGUGCCUGCGGCAGAUGGACGAGUUUGGGUUCAAGCUGCCAUACACGAUUCGCAAGGACAAGAUCCGCGACGCGAGCAUCAAACUCAGCUUCAACCAGGAGGAGACGUGGACGCGGGCUUGCAAGGACACGCUCAUCUGCUGCAAAUACCUUCUCGCAUCAACCAGCGACAUGGACCAGAAGCAACGCAGCGCGACGCCGACGGCGCGCCGAUAG